UUUGCUUCGUGCCACCUGUCGUAAAAUUAGUACACGAUUGUGCAGCUGCGCGUCGUAAACUGCACCUACUGCGAAGUCUCAUCUCUAUUUUGCAACGUGCAUUAGCACUGUCCAAGAACCUUGUUCAGAUCUGCGCAAGAAAUACAAGAUGUCUGAUAACGAGUCCGACUUCGGGUCCAAUCUCUUCGAAGAGCCAGAGGACUUCUGUCCACCUCCGCCCGCUUCUCAUUUCGUGGACUACGAGAGAAAAAAUCACACACAAGGCCCUAGCAAGAUCCUGCUAAAACUCGUGGGCAAGUCUCCUCUUUGGGGCCAUUUGCUUUGGAAUGCCGGGAAAUAUACUGCCGAUUAUCUUGACAAGCACUCGGAUAGGCUAGUUCAGGGCAAGAAAGUCUUGGAGUUGGGUGCCGCUGCAGGCUUGCCCUCCUUAGUAUGUGGCAUCAAUGGUGCGUCCAAAGUGCUUUGCACCGAUUACCCAGACCCCGAUUUGCUCUCCCACAUCCAGUAUAACGUGGACCACUGUGAUGGAAUUCCCGAGUCCACAGAUGUAAAGGUCACUGGUUUUAUUUGGGGCCAAGAUGAGACUGCGUUGUGCUACGACGGUCUUAAGGAGAACGAGCUUCCCCAGCAGAUCGCCGAGGACGCCAAAUUCGACUUGAUCAUUUUGUCCGACUUGGUGUUCAACCACACAGAGCACCGCAAGUUGUUGUCCAACUGUAGAAACGCGCUCAAGAAAAACGGCACAGCUUUGGUUGUAUUCAGCCCUCAUCGUCCGUGGCUUUUGAAUGACGACUUGCAGUUUUUCACUACGUGCGAGGACUUCCAAUUCAAAGCCGACUUUAUCGAGCUAGUCAACUGGAAACCCAUGUUUGAGGAAGACGAUGAGACGGUGGAGAUCAGAUCACGCGUGUAUUGUUACGAGUUGCGUCCGCAAUGGGACUGAACCUUUAGUUCAUAGUGAGGUACAUUAGUGAAACGGCACAAACUAAACAUUUGUGUCUCUAUUGUUCUAUUGAUGAAGAGUGGAAGUACAUGCAUUGAAAGAAUAGAAGUACACAAACUUAGCCUGUGGCAUAUACCGUGUAGUUGAUCUAAAGCAUGGACAUGCCAUGUGCUCGACGUCUGGUUACAUUUUCCCCUUCACGGGCGAAUCUGUUGCUUAUACCCUCCAACGAAGAUAUUCGAACACGCAGUGUAAUCUGCAAACUCAUCAGAGUUUAAUCCACACAUCCAUACGACGAUUCUAUGCACCAUGACAUGUAAGACCAGAUGUCAAACCCGCCAUUCUACGGCCACAAACACAUUUCAAUAA